AUGCAACAGAUCUGCUUUCAAACAAAUUUGUAUGCCAAACUGAAGAACAGUGCACAGUGGAGGGAACUCACAGUUCAGGAACUAAAAGCUUUUCUGGGUAUGAUCAUAGUAAUGGGUAUUCAUCAGUUACCUGAAGCAGCCAUUUACUGGAGCUCAGACCCAUAUCUAAACGUAAAUGCAGUAUUGAAUGUUAUGACACUUGCUCGCUAUAAGAAAAUAAUAGAGAACCUUCAGUGCAAUGAUAAUUUGUUUCAGUCAGCAACAAAUGAUCCUGGUUAUGACAAGUUGUACAAAAUCAGACCACUUAUCUCAGCCCUAAACAAAAACUGUUUGAAAGUAUAUCACCCUUCUACUUCACUUGCAGUUGAUGAGUCAAUGGUUGCAUUCAAAGGAAGAACAAGCCUGAAACAGUACAUGCCCAUGAAACCUGUAAACAGAGGUUAUCAAAUUUGGUGCCUUGCUGAUGUAAACACAGGUUUUAUUUCAAAUUUUGAUGUCUACACAGGUAAAUCUGCUGCAAGUAGAGGGGAAUUCAAAGAUUGCCAAAUGUGUGAAAGAGUAGUGCUGGAACUCUGUAAACCAUUUUUUAAUUCUAAUAGAACUGUGGUUUUUGAUAAUUUAUUUUCAACAUUUAGUCUAAUGAAGCAACUGAGAAAACAGGGGCUUUAUAGCUGUGGUACCGUCAGAGGAAACAGAAAAGGCCUACCUCAAUUUUUGGCAAGUAAAUUACAGAGUCUAAACCGUGGAGAGUUUACAUUUGCUGUCAAAUCUGGUGUUGCUGCUGUUAAGUGGCAAGAUAGCAAAGCAGUCUGUCUCCUUUCCACUGCACUUAAUCCUAAAGAUGUUGUAUUCAUCAAAAGAAAAUUGAAAGAUGGAUCCACAAUCAGGAUUUCAUGUCCUGAAGUAGUACAUGUUUAUAAUAGUACUAUGGGUGGAGUAGAUCAUUUUGACCAGAUACGAGAAAGCCAUCGUCAACUCUUAUGUACUAUUUCAACUGUCAAGACGAAACGCAAACCAGCUGUCAUUUCGAAUGAGACUAGCAAGGCAAUUGAUAAAUGGUUUUUCAUCAAAAAUGAAGAAGGGCCCAUCACCUGCUUUCUGUUCUAG